AUGAGCGGAAAACCAAUUGUUUUGAAAUUAGGGAAGAAUGCCUUUGCAGAGGAAGCGUGGAAGGACCUGGGCAGGAUCGCAGACGUUAUCACUAUCCCUGAAACCACCACUCGAGAGCAAUUCUUGCAGGAACUCAAGGACCCUCAAAGUAAGCUUUCUCGAGUACAAGUCAUCACCAGAACCGCGAGAAGCGUUAACAAUACAGGUAGGUUUGAUGAAGAGCUGGCUCUUGCAUUGCCCUCUUCUGUGGUCGCCGUUUGCCACACAGGUGCCGGUUACGACCAAAUUGAUGUUGAGCCAUUUAGGAAAAGGCACAUUCAAGUGGCCAACGUUCCCGACUUGGUAAGCAACGCUACCGCGGACACGCAUGUGUUUUUAUUGUUGGGCGCCCUGAGAAACUUUAGCAUUGGUAAUAGGAGGCUAAUCGAGGGAAAGUGGCCAGAAUCCGGGCCUGCGUGUGCUUCUCCCUUUGGUUACGACCCUGAGGGGAAAACCGUUGGUAUACUGGGUCUAGGUAGGAUCGGUCGUUGUAUUUUGGAGAGGUUAAAGCCAUUUGGGUUUGAGAACUUCAUAUACCAUAAUAGACACCAGCUACCUUCCGAAGAAGAACACGGUUGUGAAUAUGUAAGCUUCGAUGAGUUUUUGAAGCGCUCGGAUAUCGUGUCUGUAAACGUCCCACUAAAUAGUGGCACCCACCAUCUAAUCGAUGCAGAGACCAUUGAGAAAAUGAAAGAUGGCGUGGUUGUUGUUAAUACUGCCCGUGGUGCAGUCAUAGAUGAACAAGCAAUGACCGAUGCUCUACGCAGUGGAAAAAUUAGGAGUGCUGGUUUGGACGUUUUCGAAUAUGAGCCAAAAAUAUCCAAAGAACUUUUAUCCAUGCCUCAAGUUUUGGGCUUACCUCACAUGGGUACCCACUGUGUGGAAACGAGGAACAAAAUGGAAGAGUUGGUCGCUCAUAACGCUAAGAAUGUGCUAUUGACCGGAAAAGUUUUGACUAUUGUUCCUGAAUUGAAAAACGAAACCUGGCCCAACGAUGUUAAGCCGUUAAUUUAG